AUGGUAUCAAAUGCUCAGUUAGAGAAUGAGAAAACCAAUUUCAUGUAUCAAGUAGACACCUUGCAGGAUGCAUUGAUGGAUUUGGAAGAACAGCUUGCAGAAUCUCUGAAACGAUAUGAAGAGAAAAACAAAGAAAUCCGACAACUAAAGCAGAAACAGGAGGACUAUGUCAGGGAAAUGUGUGAUCUUCAAGAGACAAUAGAAUGGAAAGAAAAAAAGAUAGGGGCAUUAGAGAGGCAGAAAGAGUUCUUUGAUUCCAUAAGAAGUGAGCGAGAUGAUCUUAGAGAGGAGGUGGUUAUGCUGAAGGAACAAUUGAAGCGACAUGGAAUAAUACCCAACUCAGAAGUAGCUACCAAUGGAGAAACCUCUGGUGAUAUAGAUAAUGAUGGACUACAAAGUUCUUCCAAUAUUGCUCCAGGGUCAACUCAUGCCCCUAAGGUAGCUGGGGAUGAUACAUUAGGUAAUUUCCUUUUAUCUAGAAUUUUGAUCACCACCUUUGCUAGAAUCUGAACAACUAACUAAUCACCAGCAUGCUGCUUAUAAAAUCACUUCUAUACAUUUUAUUUUCUGCUUAAUGCCAACGAUCACUUCAAGCAUAUUAUAUUUCUUUUAUUUGUCUUUAACAGGAGAUGUUAAAAUAAUUCCUUUUUAGUCCCCAAGUCCAGGGAAACAAAUGCUUUAAAAACAUCUAAGCUCUAUAUGUAUGUCUACAGGGUGUGCAGCCACUUUUAUUAAGACAGAUGUUGAACAUGCAAUCCUAAGUGUCCUGAGUGACUCUGAAAGUGCUUUGGUUCCCUGCAGUACAUGGGGGAAACUUGA